UGAAGCUGGCGGGGCGGGGCGCGGGGUGCGAGGGGAGGCCCCGCAAGCUGGACGCCAGGGAAGCGCUUUUCUAGGAGUCGCCACCCAGUCGCCACCCCGACCCGGCUGCUCGCCCGGAGACCAGAUAGCAGGGGUCGCGACGGCCAGCCGCGGGCCGGGGCCCGAGGAGUAGAAGGACUCAGUCGGCUCUCCGGGCCGGGCCAUGGCGCUGGACUUCCUGGCUGGAUGCGCCGGAGGUGUGGCAGGUGUGAUUGUGGGACACCCUUUUGACACAGUCAAGGUGCGGCUGCAAGUCCAGAGCCAGGAGAAGCCUCAGUACCGAGGGACGCUGCACUGCUUCCAGUCUAUCAUCCAGCAGGAAAGUGUGCUGGGUCUGUAUAAAGGCCUGGGCUCGCCACUAAUGGGACUCACCUUCAUCAAUGCACUGGUGUUUGGGGUGCAAGGUAACACCCUCCGGGCCCUGGGCCAAGACUCGCCACUCAAUCAGUUUCUGGCUGGUGCAGCAGCAGGUGCCAUCCAGUGUGUCAUCUGCUGCCCCAUGGAACUGGCCAAGACGAGGCUGCAGCUCCAGGCUGUGGGCCCUGCCCGUACCUACAAGGGUUCCCUGGACUGCCUGGUACAGAUUUACCAGCACGAGGGCCUGCGGGGCAUCAACCGAGGCAUGGUGUCCACACUUCUGCGUGAGACGCCCAGCUUUGGUGUCUACUUCCUCACCUACGACGUAAUGACACGUGCCAUGGGCUGCGAGCCAGGUGACCCUCUGCUGGUGCCCAAGCUGCUGCUGGCAGGUGGCACAUCGGGCAUCACAUCCUGGCUCUCCACCUAUCCUAUGGACGUGGUCAAGUCGAGACUGCAAGCUGACGGGCUGCAAGGAAGCCCUCGCUACCGAGGCAUCGUUGACUGCAUGCGGCAGAGCUACCAGGCCGAGGGCUGGCAAGUCUUCACUCGAGGGCUGGCUUCCACGCUGUUACGUGCCUUCCCGGUCAAUGCUGCCACGUUUGCCACAGUCACUGUGGUGCUUACAUAUACCCGGGGUGAGGAGGCUCAGGUAGACAGUGAGGCAGCUCCGGGCACCUCUGCCACUCCUGCUGGGUCUGCCCUGGCCCAACCUUCCAGUCUGUGAUCCUGUCUGUUCCACCAACUUCCCCAGGGCCACUUUGUUGGAACUUGACACAGAGAAUAUGGCUCCUCAGCCAAUCUUCCUCAUUGGCCUGUGAUGCCAGCCAUCUAUACCCCACUGGCCUCCUAUUUCUUAGCUGUAAAAUGGGCUCUCCCUCAUAGCUGGUACAUUAGGGAAGGUCAAGCCUAGCUAAGUCUGUGCGAUGCAGACAGGACUGCCCGUCAGAAUCUUCCAAACCCAGCACGCCCAGGGGUAUAUCUCCUGAGCCGACUCUUACAAACUGGCCAAGGACCCACCCAUUCCUCAAAUCCUCCAUAGACUGAGUCCCAGGAAAAUACCUGGCCACUUCUUACCGUAAGGGACAGUGGGCGGCAUGUAAUGCUCCCGGUGUCGCAGAGUACCCCUGCCUCCGUGCCUAGCUUCUCUGCUGCUGCCCUUGAACUGUAGAGCAGGGUUGGGACCCUGGCAUCUGUUGAGGAUCUAGCCAGUGUAGGGGCCUGGAUGGGAGCAGACAAGGCCACCGGCCUCAAUGUCGCCAUAGGGAAAUUGUGUAACAGCUGUGGCAAGACAGUCUUCUCACCUCUGAGCCUCAGGCUACCUGUCUGUAAGAUGGGGACCUGGGUCAGCUGAUGUCUGGCUGGCUUGCUGCCAGCCAGGAUUCACAAUGGUAGGUAGACAGGGGACCCAGGAGAACAAAGUGUGGGACUGAUCCAUUUCCCAGUAAAUGUGGUCUUUCUGGGCAUUGUCAGUGCCUGUGCCCGUGAAAGCACAGAGGUCUUCGCACCAGUACGGAGUUGCCAGUUUGGACCUGCCUGGCAGGGAGGGGAGUGGGAGGCGGGGGGAGAGUGAGCUCCAGCUGUCUGUCACUGUUGUACUGUCCUCUAAAGGAAUAAAGUCUUGUUUUCUAA